UAGACAAGAGAGAAUGGGUAAGAGAAUAGGAAUUGUUGGGUUUAGUCUUUAUCUAUGCAUCACCUUCGCGCUCGGUGAAUACUACUCAAAAACUCGUCCAUUCACACCAAAACAAGAAGUGGUCACCAAUCUUCAUUUCUUCUUUCACGACACUCUCACAUCCCCAAAUGCAUCAGCUGUCCUCAUUGCCAAACCCACUCUCACCGGUGGAGACAACAGCUCUUCUCCGUCACCCUUCGGCUCCCUUUUCGCCGUUGAUGACCCUCUUACCGUAGGACCGGACCCGAAAUCCAAGAAGAUAGGAAACGCUAGAGGAAUGUGGGUUUCCUCUGGAAAAGAUGUUCCCACGUUAACCAUGUACAUCGACUUCGGAUUCACCUCCGGCAAGUUUAACGGCAGUUCCUUCUCCGUGUUCUCGAGGAACACCAUAAUGGAGAAGGAGAGGGAGGUCGCCGUUGUGGGAGGUCGAGGAAGGUUUAGGAUGGCUAGAGGAGUGGCUCUACUCAAUACAUACUCAGUUAACUUGACCAAUGGUGAUGCAAUCGUUGAGUACCAUGUCACUCUCUAUCAUUAUUAACAACAUUUAGAUUU